AUCCCGUUUUACAGAUGGGUAACUGCGAAUGACUUGAAUCUCGUUAACGCUUGCUGUACUUUAAUGUUUGAAUCACUUAUUACCCGUUGUUGUGGAAGCUCUGGCGGUUACUGAUAAAUAAGACUCCCUGGGAAAAGGCCGCAGACUUCUUUGCUCUUGUUUGUGCAGCCGAACCUCUAAAACAUCACGGCCAAAUACUUCACGACUCACAUCCGGACUGCGUGGAAAUCCUAUAGAUUCGGAUUCUGCCGAGGCCACAGGGCGAACAGUCGGCUGCAGAAAUGAACAGGAUUCCCGUUUGCGAGGUGAUCGACCAGCGUCCGUUGGCCGACAAAGAGUCGCCGUCGCCGUCUUCCGUAUUCCGGCCGCUGCCCGGCGACGAGUGCUCCAUCACGCUGACGGACAUACGGCUGCAGGCCCCAUCGGCCGACUGCAGCCUGUCCGCGUGGUUCCGCGGUGACACGGACCGCGAUCUGGCGUUUGUGCUCGGCGAAGCGGACUGUACGGUGGACAGGGGUCUGGAAGCGGUAGUGGCCGACAUGCGGCCGGGCGAGCUCCGGGAGUUUUGCGUGGGCGACGGGCGCGGGGGUCGAGUCACCGGUCGCGUCUGUUUGUCGGCCGUGCGGAAGGCAGCCGGCGGUGCGAGCUGGCGCGGCGACGACAGGCUGAAGCUGACAGAAGCGGCCCGACAGAAGGACGCGGGCAACCGGCUGUAUGGACAGGGCCGGUUCGCAGACGCGUUCCACCGGUUCAACCGGGCGGCCAGGGCGGUGCUGUUCGUCCGGGACGUGGACGCUGUGCGAUCAGACCGAGACGCCAUGUACGUGGCCGUGUGCAACAACAUGGCCGCUUGCCAGCUACAGCUGGGCAACUACGAACACGCCCGCCAGCUGUCCGGAAAGGCGCUCGCCAUAGACCCGAGCAACGUCAAGGCCCUGGUGCGCCGAUGCCGGGCGGCUGCCGAGCUCCGCAUGUUCGACGGUGCCCUGGUCGACGCCGUUCGCGCCUUGGACAUCGAACCGGGCAACGCGGUUGCCGAGCGAUACCGGGACGUGGCCGCGCGCGGCGUGGAUGCCCAGAACGCUCGUUACGGCGACAUGGUCAAGAAGAUGUUCGCCUGAAACGGCCCAGCUCGCUCGCAAUUGCCCGUCAUACAAUUGUAUUCGUGCUCAUAUGAUGCGUAAAACGACCAUAUAUAUUAUGUGCCCAUAAUAGUAACAUGCGAUUUUCAACGUGCAGUGCGUGUAAUAAACAACGUUGCCCACACGACGUACGAGUUAUUCAUUUAUUGUUGUUACCUGUAAAUGGCCUGUUUAGGCACACAUAUACGUCAAUUAUAAACAAUAAUAAUAGUA